AUGGCAACAACAUAAUAAGAAUUACUCUAAUAACUGUAUGAUUUAAGAAAUGAAUUCUACGAGUAAUUAAAAAAUGUUAAGGCUGGUUCUGAGAAUCAAGGAGAAAUAGCUACAUUGUAAGAUUAAAACAGAAGAUUUGCUUAUAGAAUAGGUCACCUCACAAAGGCUAUUGAUGAAUUGAUUAAAUCAGAAAAUCAAUUACGCACAGAAAAUGCCCAAUUAUAAGCUAAAGUGGCGGAAUUGGAGAAGAAAUGAAUAGCAUUAAAUACAUAUUAUAAUAGACCUUCUAUUUUUACCUAAUUAAAA